AUCCCUGGUCUCCACAUUAUUUUUGUAAUGAAAGCAUUCAUCCCUCACCCUCCCCGAUUCUCUCUCUCUUUCUUGCAAAAAUUCCAUCUUUUUUCUCUCUCUCUUUCCUUUUCAAUCUUUACCUUCAUCACCGCCGUUCAAUCGGACUCAUAAAAGCUUCUUUUUCCUCAAUCACACAUUUCCUGCAAAGGGAAUUGCAAUUUUCAUCGACCCCUCGACAAAACCCUAACCACAGUCCACUCCUCAGAGGAACCGAACCUGGUUCUGAUUAUCGAUUGGCGUUUGAAAUGAUGAAACCCUUUCUGGGUUAUGAAAAUUUUGGUGGAUUUCUCCUGUUUAUCGUCUAUUUCUUGUCUGUUUCGAUCAUUUUUGUUCAGUCACAGUCGAGCGCGAACGAUGCUGUUGUAAUGCAGGCUCUGAAAUCGAAUCUCAGUCCACCCAAAUCACUCGAUUGGUCUGAUCCUAAUCCAUGUAAAUGGCAGCAAAUUCAGUGCUCAAGAGACAACCGGGUCACCAGGAUCCAAGCCGGUAACCAGAACCUCAAAGGUUAUCUUCCGCAGACACUCAACAACCUCACGGAACUACAAGUUCUGGAAUUUCAAAACAAUCAACUCACCGGCUCACUCCCGAGUCUCGCCGGGUUAACUCAGCUCCAGAACCUUUUACUCAGUAACAACAGUUUAACUUCAAUACCUACCGAUUUCUUCGACGGUAUGUCUUCUUUACAACACGUUUAUCUGGAUUACAACGGUUUUAGUUCGUGGUCUAUCCCGGACAGUUUAAAAUCCGCCUCCACUUUGCAAGUUUUCUCGGCGACGUCGGCCAACAUCACAGGAAAAAUCCCGGAUUUCUUCGGCGGUGAUGCGUUUGCGGGGCUGACAACUCUGCAUUUAUCGUUUAAUUAUCUGGAGGGUGGGUUACCGAGUUCGUUUUCGGGUUCAUCGAUUCAAAGCCUUUGGUUGAAUGGUCAGAACAGUAGGUCUAAACUAAACGGAACUCUCCAAGUUCUUCAAAACAUGACGCAAUUGACUGAAGUUUGGCUUCACGGGAACUUGUUUUCCGGUCCUUUACCGGAUUUUUCAGGUCUGAACGAGUUGCAGAAUUUGAGUUUAAGAGAUAAUAGCUUAACAGGGCCUGUUCCACAAUCUUUAUUAGGUUUACAAUCUUUAAAAGUUGUGAACCUGACUAAUAAUCUCUUACAGGGACCUACUCCAAGUUUUGAUAAGACUGUGGCUGUUGAUUUAAGCGGGCUUAAUAGUUUCUGUUUACCGAAUCCUGGUGCUCCUUGUGAUAAUCGUGUUGAUAUUCUGCUUGGUGUGGCAGAAUCUGUGGGUUACCCGCAUACUUUUGCUGAUAAUUGGAAGGGAAACGAUCCGUGUAAUUCAUGGUUAGGGAUCACAUGUUCCAGCGAUGGGAAUAUAACUGUGAUUAAUUUUCAAAAAAUGGGUCUAACAGGAACCAUUUCUCCCAAAUUUGCGUCCUUUAAAUCACUUCAAAGGUUGAUUCUUUCAAAUAAUAAUCUUACCGGAACUAUACCCGAUGAACUCAAAGAUUUACCCAGUUUGAUUGCGAUUGAUUUUUCGAAUAAUCAUCUUUACGGACCAGUUCCGGAUUUUAGCAAAACCGUUAACGUGAAGACCGAAGGGAAUCUUGAUAUCGGAAAGGCGGGUCCAAGUCUGACACCGGUUUCCCCUUCUGGCGGCGGCGGCGGGAGUAAGCCAAACGGAGGAGGAGGUGGCGGUGGUGGGAAAAGUUCAAACACCGGCGUGGUGGUGGGAUCGGUGGUUGGUGGUGUUUGUGCGGUUUUUUUCGCGGGAUUGCUGGGUGUCUGUGUCUACAAAGCUAAACGAAAGCAAACUAACCGUAUCCCAUAUCAAAACACGAUGGUGAUCCACCCCCGGCAUUCAGCAUCUGAUGGGGACGGGGUGAAGAUCACAAUCGCAGGUUCAAGUGCCCCCACAAACGAAUCCUUUAGUCACACGAGUAGUGGCCCAAGUGACAUCCACAUCGUGGAAGCUGGGAACAUGGUGAUUUCAAUUCAAGUUUUGAAAAAUGUGACAAAUAAUUUCAGCCCGAAUAAUAUAUUGGGAAGAGGAGGGUUCGGGACAGUUUACAAAGGCGAGUUACAUGAUGGGACCAAGAUUGCGGUUAAAAGGAUGGAGUCGGGUGUGAUGAGUGAAAAGGGGCUGGAUGAGUUUAAAUCUGAAAUAGCUGUUUUAACAAAGGUUAGGCAUAGGCAUUUGGUGGCACUUCUUGGAUAUUGUUUGGAUGGAAAUGAGAGGCUUCUUGUUUAUGAGUAUAUGCCUCAAGGUACACUAAGUCGGUUUUUAUUUGAUUGGCAAGAAGAAGGUUUGAAACCGCUUGAAUGGACAAAAAGAUUGAUAAUUGCAUUAGAUGUUGCUAGAGGUGUUGAGUAUUUACAUGGUUUGGCACAACAAAGUUUUAUUCAUAGAGAUCUUAAACCGUCUAAUAUUCUUCUUGGUGAUGAUAUGCGGGCUAAAGUUGCUGAUUUUGGACUCGUUCGACUCGCCCCUGAUGGGAAAGCUUCCCUCGUCACAAGAUUAGCUGGCACUUUUGGUUAUCUUGCUCCUGAAUACGCUGUGACGGGAAGAGUAACAACAAAGAUCGACGUGUUCAGCUUCGGUGUAAUCCUAAUGGAACUGAUAACGGGGAGAAGAGCCCUGGACGAAACCCAACAAGAAGAAAGCGUCCACCUGGUCCAAUGGUUCCGGCGUAUGCACAUAAACAAAGACACCUUCCAAAAAGCAAUUGACCCGACACUUGACCUCGAUGAAGAAGCCCUGGCCAGUCUCAGCACCGUGGCUGAACUAGCCGGUCACUGCUGUGCGCGUGAACCGCACCAGAGACCCGACAUGAGCCAUGCGGUCAAUGUGCUCUCCUCCCUAGCCGAGCUUUGGAAACCUUCCGACCCUGACCCUGAUGAUAUUUACGGUAUAGACCUUGACAUGACUUUGCCACAAGCCGUCAAGAAAUGGCAAGCUUUGGAGGGUAUGAGCGGGUAUGAUAAUUCAUCAGUUAUUGGGAGUAAUGAUAAUACGCAAACAAGUAUUCCAACUCGCCCUUCUGGCUUUGCCGAUUCCUUCACUUCACAGGAUGGACGAUGACGGAACCACCCGGAUUUGUUUGUUCAUUCUUUCUGGUAUGCUUGUUUAUCUUUUUAUUCUGCUGUACUUGUUGAAUUAUCAAGAGAUGCUUUUGUGUUUU